CGUGCCUGGCUGCUCCGUGUUGUGUACGCGCAGCGAGUGCUCGGAGGAACGAGCCGGAGAACGGAGGAGAAUGAUGAUACCGGGGGGAGGGGGGGACCGGAGAUGACAGGGGCUGUGUGCCGAGGAGCGGACACAGAUGGCGGUCACCAAUUUUUGAGUAAAAUCUGCAUGUCAUGAGGUUAUAAAGAAAAAUAUCACUUCCCAUCUGCUUGCUCCAUCAUUGUGAAAAUGAUUGGAAAACUAAAGCAAAACCUGCUCCUAGCAUGCCUUAUAAUAAGCUCAGUGACAGUGUUCUACUUGGGACAACAUGCAAUGGAGUGCCACCAUCGAAUAGAAGAACGCAGUCAACCUGUCAAAAUGGAAAUCCCCAAAGCAACAUUAAGAACUGAGCAAAGGGUGAACGCUAGCUAUACAUAUAAUAAGGACAUGCCAUUAGUAUUUAUUGGGGGAGUGCCUCGCAGUGGAACUACACUCAUGCGUGCCAUGCUUGAUGCCCAUCCUGAGAUUAGAUGUGGAGAGGAAACCAGGGUCAUCCCUCGGAUUUUGGCCGUCAAGCAGAUGUGGGCACGUUCAAGCAAAGAAAAAAUUCGCCUAGAUGAAGCUGGCGUAACAGAUGAAGUGCUAGACUCAGCCAUGCAGGCUUUUUUACUGGAAAUAAUAGUUAAACAUGGUGAGCCUGCACCUUAUUUGUGUAAUAAAGAUCCAUUUGCUUUAAAAUCUUUGUCGUACUUGGCCAAAAUAUUUCCCAAUGCCAAAUUUCUUCUUAUGGUGAGAGAUGGACGUGCUUCAGUGCACUCUAUGAUUUCUAGAAAAGUUACUAUCGCUGGAUUUGAUCUCAACAGCUACAGAGACUGCUUAACCAAGUGGAACCGUGCUAUAGAAACAAUGUAUAACCAGUGCAUGGAGGUUGGCUAUGACCGGUGCAUGUUAGUUCAUUAUGAACAGCUGGUUUUACAUCAACGAUGGAUGAAAACAUUUAAGUUCCUCACAAUUCCAUGGAAUGAUGCUGUACUGCAUCAUGAAGAUAUGAUUGGCAAAGCUGGAGGUGUUUCUCUGUCCAAGGUAGAGAGGUCCACUGAUCAAGUCAUCAAGCCAGUCAACGUGGAAGCUUUGUCAAAAUGGGUGGGGAAGAUUUCUCCAGAUGUUUUGAGAGACAUGCCAGUCAUUGCACCAAUGUUGGCCAAGCUUGGUUAUGAUCCAUAUGCCAACCCCCCCAAUUAUGGAAAGCCAGAUCAGAAGGUCCUUGACAAUACAAGACGGGUAUUUAAAGGUGAAUUUCAACUUCCCGAUUUCCUGAAAGAUGUGCCUCAGCCAAAGAAGAAACGGACUGAAGCUGUCGAAUAGCAAAUCCGUGUUCUCUGUAGAGGUGUCGUGCUUUCUGUCUGUGGAGUGGAUCCAUGAUGAUUCUUUUCAUGCUAUGAGCAGACUAUGAUGUGCAUCUGUUGGCUGUCUGUGCUGCUUGGCAUCUCUUUUCACAUGGGCAUGAGUCCACCGGUCUGCAUAAAGGCACUUUAAUGGCAGGAGGCUCCCACUAUCUAACAGUGGUGUAGUACUGUAUAUUUACCAGCUGUAUCUGUUUUUAAAUAACAAGAGAAAACCAUCUCUGUUAAAAGUACUCUACAUCCUGAUUUUUUUUCCUCACAAUGUGGCCUCCGAACAUUUCAAUGCUGUGACGUCCCUUAUUUUCUUUUAGGAAAAUAGGUUGCAUUACAUUCCACAAAGUAUGUAUUAAAUAAAUGUACCUUCAUGUUUAGACACAUACAGUUGUGUUUCACCAGCAUUGUAUUAAUGAUAUAUUGGUAAAUUUACUUUAAGCCAAUCAUGAAUGCUCUCACAACAUAUUUGAUAUAUGUUCAUGCACUCAUUGGAGUUGAAAACGUGGGUAUGGGUUUUGGAAACCUUGAAAUAUAAUGUAUACUUGCAGUAUAUAGUAGUGUCAGUACUGAAUUGAUAAAAAAUACAUACAUAUUUUUGGAUUCUUUUUUAAUGCAGUGGUUCCCUUGCUCAUGUCUGAGCUGAAUACAAUGGCAUUAGGAAGCUUGCAAUGUUUUCUGCAGUUUUGAUGAUGUGUCACUCUGUACAUUUCUUUGGCUGAUAAUGAACAUUACAAUGUUCACUUAAAAAAAAAAAAAGCACUGUGGUUCUUCAUUAGGGGGCAGGUAAACUUUCCUAGCCAGCAUCCAGAGAGGAGAAAUUACUCUAAAAAUUACUGACACUGCUGUGCAGUGAGCUCCCCUUUGUCUUCUGUCACCUAAUUAGUUUUUACCUAAAGUCAGGAACUUAAGGCAUGUGAAGAAAGGAUGUCUAGAGCUGUUUUCAGCCCCACAAUUGCCAAGCAACACUAGCGCCCUAGUGUAGAAAUACAUUAAACUUAUCUCUGUUUAAUUAUUUAAAAAAGAAAAAAAAAUCCAAAGAAGUUGGGUUCGGGUUUGGGAUUUGAGAAACAUGUACAUUUACAAUUUUAUUGAUUUUUUUGUAUUUUAUUUUUCAAAAUAAAAAGCUCUAAACAUGAAA